AUGUCUUCCAUUUUUAGCUCUGUGCGGGAUACCCUAUAUUCUGUUACUUCCUGUUGUUUCCCAAAUCCGACGCUAUACAUAAAUCGUCGAACUUUUAAGGUGAUCAGACUGCUUGGUGAAGGGGGAUUUUCGUUUGUUUAUCUGGUGCAGGAUGCCAGCACUAGCCGAUUAUUCGCCCUUAAACAAAUUAGAUGUCCAUUCGGGGGUGCUUCUGUAAAAGAUGCAAUGAAAGAGGUUGAAAUGUAUCGAUUAUUUCAACACGAUAACAUCAUAAAAGUUAUUGAUUCGUGCGUUGUUCCUGAUAAAGAUAGUAGCAAAAUUGUGUAUAUAUUUUUACCCUAUUAUAAGAAUGGAAAUCUUCAAGACGCUAUUAAUAAGAAUUCGUUAGAGGGCAAGAAUUUUGCUGAAAAAGAUAUGCUAAAAAUAUUCCAAGGAAUCUGCUGUGCUGUUCGAGUGCUCCAUAAUUACAAACUUCCUAGUGUUCAAAAAAAGGAAUAUGAACAUACAAAUGGAAACGCUCUUCCUAAUGGACAUAUAGAUAAUGAUGUACUCAACCAAACAGCCCCAACAGAACCUCAAGUAGAGGAAGAUAUUGUACCAUUUGCGCAUAGAGAUAUCAAACCUGGUAACAUCUUGAUGUCCGAUGACAUGCAAACUCCUGUCCUGAUGGAUUUUGGCUCCUUAAUUCGGGCGCGGAUAAAAGUUGAUAACCGAAGUAAUGCUUUGGAGCAACAAGAAUUAGCAGCAGAAAAAUCUACUAUCUCUUAUCGUGCCCCGGAAUUAUUUGACGUCAAAACUAAUGUUGAGUUGAAUGAGAAAGUUGAUAUUUGGUCAUUGGGAUGUACUCUUUAUGCCAUGGCCUACGGAAAAUCACCUUUUGAAAAUAAUCUUAAUGAGCAAGGCGGGUCGAUAGCAUUAGCAGUCCUUAAUAAUCAAUAUAAGCUCCCCAGCAUUGAAAGCGAUAUUUACUCUCAAGAAUUUAGAAACCUUAUUAGCUUUUUGUUAGCAGUAGAUCCAAAAGAUCGGCCUAGUAUUCAUCAGGUGAUAGAAAGAGUUGAUUCAUUGAUUGAACAGCUGGAUCCCAGAAAUAAUGAUACAAAUAUUUAA